AUGUUUGUCGCAACUACCAAAGCCCCAUUUAGACGUUUAUUUUCCACCUCAAACUUGAGUUUGGGCACCAAAGUGUUCUUCGACACAGCUAUUAAUGAUGCCAAGGCUGGUAGAAUCGAAUUCGAAUUGUACGAUGAAGUUGUGCCAAAGACAGCCGAGAACUUCAGAGCUUUAUGUACCGGUGAAAAAGGCUGGGGUUAUGCGGGUACCAAAUUUCACAGAAUCAUUCCAAACUUCAUGAUCCAAGGUGGUGACACCGACCAUGCCAACGGUUAUGGAGGAAAGUCAAUUUACGGUUCCAAGUUUUCAGAUGAAAACUUUGUCAAGAAGCACGACCGUGCUGGUCUUCUAUCCAUGGCUAACUCCGGUCCUAACAGUAACGGUUCCCAAUUCUUUAUCACCAACGUUCCAUGCCCUUGGUUGGACGGCAAACACGUCGUUUUUGGUGAAGUUACUAAAGGUAUGGAUCUUGUCAAGAAGAUUGAGGGUUACGGCAGUAUGAAUGGGUCACCAAAGGCUAAUAUCACCAUUGUAGAUGCCGGUGUCGUCAAAGAUUAA